CAAAGCCCAGGCUCAAGCAGAGGCCGAAGCGCAGGCUGCGCUAGCAGCAAAGAGGCAGGCGGAGCGGAGGGCGCAGGCUCAGAGACGAAUGGAGGAGAGGAAGAGACAGCAGAUGAUCUUAGAGGAGAUGAAGAAGCCUGCAGAGGACAUGUGUCUCCCCGACCACACGCCCCUCCCACAAUUGACACGGAUACCAGCACUGGUGCUUUCGGGUUUGGCCUUCUCCAAUUGUUUAAGGGUGGUUGAGUUCCUGCAUGGUUACGGAAAGAUUCUGGGGCUCCAAGUGCCCAAGGAUAUUCCCAGCUUGAGCACCCUGCAGGAAGGGCUCCUCGGCAUGGAAAAGAGCCAAGGCGAACUCCUGGAUCUGCUCAUUAAACUGGUGGAGGCCGCUCUGCACGAUCCUGGACUGCCCUCAUAUUACCAGUCUGUGAAGAUCCUGGGGGAGAAGCUGGUGGAUCUGGAGCUGAACCACAGCACUGUAUCUGAGGUGCUGCGGAUCUUUCUGGAAGCCCAUGGCUUUGAGUUGGAGGUGUGUAACAGUCUGCGUACAAAGAGCUUCCAGACCCUCAAACCCGACGUCAAAGCCUCCAUACUGGCUUUCCUGGUGGAGGAACUCAACGCCAGCAACAUAAUCACCAGGGAGAUUGAUAACACGCUAGAGAAUAUGACAACCUACAGGAAAAACAAGUGGAUUAUAGAAGGCAAGCUACGCAA